AUGGCUUCUCCUACCGACGAUGAAAGCAUAUUCGAUCGCCUUCAGCAACAGCGGGAGGACCCGAAAGUGCUGGAGGAGCGCCAGAAGGCUGUGAAUGAGCGCAUCCAUUCUAUCUACGAGAAGGCGCAGACUCGUCUGGGCGAGCUGAUUGAUGAUAACACCACGCUGCCAUGCACCAUCUCGUCCAUCCAGGUGCUCAAUGCCACCCGCACCCGAAGAAGCUUCCUGCACACUGUGCUGAGUCCGCUGUUGAGCUCCAAUAUGGACCGUCCGUACACCCUGGCCGAAGUCCUGCAGGAGGUCAGCAAGUGUACAGACAAACUCCACCGGUUCGACAUAUUUGAGCAGCCGAUCUCCGUGUACCUAGACAAACCCUCGCAGACCGAACCCUCGACCACCCCCACCGAUCUAGACGUCUAUCUCUCCGUAAAAGAACGCUCUCGAUUCAUCUUGAAAACCGGCACCGAUCUAGGAAACGGAGAGGGCUCUGCCUACGCGAAUGCCCAGUGGCGUAAUAUCUUCGGCGGCGCAGAAUCAUUCAACGUCAAUUUCUCCAAAGGUACUCGAACACAGUCUGCAUACCAAGGCGUCUUCCAGACUCCUCUCUUCGGCAACCCUGAUUUCCGCUUCGAGCUCGGCGGCGUCAAAAGCGAUAGCCUGAAGCCAUGGGCGAGCUAUGAAGAGACCAUUAGGGGAGCCUGGGCGAGGUUGCACUGGUUAAACGAUCGCGGAAACCGUCAUGAAGUAGGGCUGAACGGGUUCUGGCGCCAGACUGCCGCCAACGGCAUGAAUGUCUCCCCGGCUGUUCGUGCGGAUGCGGGUCAUAGUAUGAAAACGAGUAUCUCACAUACCUGGACCCACGAUCAACGGGAUAACCCCAUCCUGCCCUCUCGCGGUCACUACGUUAAAACAAUAAACGAACUCGCCGGCUACGGCCCACUGAAGAGCGACGUUUCCUUCUUGAAAUCAGAAUUUGAGACCCAGGCAGUGCUGCCGAUUCCCGGACCGAAAGGCGACACCGGCAUUACGUUUACAUCAAGCUUCCGUGCCGGCCUCCUCUACCCACUUGGAUUUGAUUCCUCCAUGACGCGAAGGCCUAGGAUCAACGAUCGAUUCCAGCUCGGCGGGCCUACAGACGUACGCGGAUUCAAACUCUCCGGCCUCGGUCCCCAUGAGGGCGGAGACGCUCUGGGCGGCGACGUCUACGCCGCCGGCAGCGCCAAUCUCUUCUUCCCUCUUCCACGCGUCGGACGCGACACGCCGCUGCGGCUGCAGGCCUUCAUCAACUCCGGACGGCUGCUACCAUUGAAGAUGCCCAACGGCGAUGCGCCCCAGACCAUGGCGCAGGCGAACGACAGCGUCGUGCACACGGUCUCGGAGCUGGCGAACGGGCUACCUAGCACGGCGGCUGGUAUCGGACUGGUGUAUGCGCAUCCGGUGGCGCGGUUUGAGCUGAACUUCUCGUUGCCACUUGUGCUACGGAAGGGCGAGGAGGGCCGCAAGGGGUUGCAGUUUGGCGUUGGGAUCAGCUUCUUGUAG